AUGGCAUGCCGGGGGUUUCGAGACGCAGGCUCGCAGUGUGGCUCCCGCGCGCAGAUGGUGGCGCGAGCAGGGCCUUCUUCUCUUGGGCCUGCUACCUUGCGGCGCGAAGGGGUCGAGGGGGUGAAGGUAGGCGGGCCGUGUGCCAAAAUCCUGCCGCAAGGCCUGGGACGCACUCGUCGAAUCCGGCAGCGUGCGCUUUCACACAGGCGCACCCAAGUCGGCAAGCGCACGCAGCGAGUUGCAGCGGGCGGCAGUCCCCGUUGUCUUGUGGGGGUGACGAGACAAGUUGGCAGGGGUGCGCUCGAGGGCUUGGUCGAUAAAGCGCGCGCACGAGUACGACCUGGCAGCUUACAAACUUCCGCGAUGGCGAUUCGGCGCCUACCGGCCCUGGAAUUCGGGGGCGACCUUAAGAUGGCUGCCGCUGUGUUCCGCUGGUCCUCUGGUUGUACGAGCAGCGACUGCAGCGCAUAG